GGAGAGUAAACUGACAACUGAGUCAGUCUCCGGUUAGCAGGGGAGGGAAGCAGCUACACAGCGGCUCCUCUAUUCAUUUACCAUCCCACAUGAAACACCAGGGGCAUUGAGGUCUUCAUACUUCUCUGUCUGCAGGCUCCACGGCUCCUCAUUAUGGAUACAGACAGCUAACGUCAGGUUAGCUAGCGUUACCAUUAGCAGCGGGACUUCUCCGCCUGACAGCAGCACAGCAGAGCUGAGUCGUCCAGCGAGGAAGCGAGAGCUCAGGGCAGGGUCUGAGAAGUGCUGAGUCGCUCUGAGAGGUUCCUUCCACCCAGGGAACAGGCAGACAAGCGAGCAUGCAGGCAGGGAGAGGAGAUGGACGGCCAGAUGGAUGGAUGGAUGUCAGACAGAGGUGGAGGCCACUAGACAGAGGAGCUGUGGCAAAUUGCUGUGGCUGCGUGAUCCCUGGGGAGCAUGAGUCAUGACCUCAGUGGUGCUGGUCGACACUGGUGGGACAGUGGUGGAGUAUGUCGCAGCGGAAGAGGACCUCCAGCAGCAGGAGGGAGAGAGCGAGGUGGAUUUGGACCUGGAAGGGGAGGUGGAAGGCGAGUGUGAAGCAGAGGAGGCCUAUGAAGACGUGCAGGACAGAGAAGAGGCUGACGACUACCCAGCAGUCAUUGUGGAGGAGGUACCUGGUGCCAGCCUGACCGAGGAGCAGAGUUACUCGGCCCAGGUGCUGGUGUAUGAUGACGAGGCGUACCCAAUGCAGGAAGUCGGCGAUGAGCAGGAGGUGGAGACAGAAGGGGAGGCAGUGGAGGCUUCUGUCCAUGGCACCAGUGUCCACUGCUCUGACAAAACCAUUGAGGCUGCAGAGGCUCUGCUUCGCAUGGAUUCACCUUCCAGCCUCAGAGAGGAUCGUAGUCCAGAAGCUUUUAUCCCACCAUGCAUAGCAACACCAGACUUCCUCCAUGCUGCUAUGCGUCCUGACAUGAUUGCAGAAACAGAGGUGGAGAUAUCGACAGAAGACUGCUGCGAGGAGGAAGAUGAGGAGAUGGUCACCCUGUUGGAGGAGGGUCCAGAACCAGAACCUGACCACGAGCCUGUCAGGAAAAGGAGAGCUGGACGGAAGCCAAAGACACAUCAGUCAGCUAUUUCCAAUGGCUCACCAGACCUCGGCAUCAAGAAGAAGCCAAGAGAAGGAAAAGCAGGGAGUACAACCUACCUAUGGGAGUUCUUGCUGGAUCUACUCCAGGACAAAAACACCUGUCCCAGGUACAUCAAGUGGACCCAGAGGGAGAAAGGCAUCUUCAAACUGGUCGAUUCAAAGGCUGUGUCCAAGCUGUGGGGCAAACACAAGAACAAGCCAGACAUGAACUAUGAGACCAUGGGACGGGCACUCAGAUAUUACUACCAGCGCGGCAUCCUCGCCAAAGUAGAGGGCCAGCGGCUGGUUUACCAGUUCAAAGAGAUGCCCAAAAACAUAGUCAUCAUUGACGAUGACAAGGCAGACAUGGCAGCCCCCGAUGAUCUGAUCGGCUCAGACACCGCCGCGUCCUAUGAGCGAGUGCCACCGCCAUCGUCGGACAUGCUGCUCCAGGCGACCGAGCUAUCGUCCUCCAAGAAGCCCAACAUUCUGCGGGGUGGAAACAGAGCCAACAUGGUCCAGGCUCCCAUCGCUACAGGAAGCAAGACGGCAGCAGGAGGCAGCGCGGCAGUGGCGUCGGGGGUUCCGCGGAUAGUGACGGUUUCUGCUGCGCCAGAUGGGAGUCAGACCCAGCAGUCUCACACAGCUAUCAUCCCUAAUGCCACUGGUCCCAGGACGGUGCGCGUGGCUAUGCAGGUGCCUGUUGUCAUGACAACAUCACUGGGUCAGAAGAUUUCAACAGUUGCUGUGCAGCAGCCGACAGGAACAACAGGGGCAGCCGGCCACACCACCCUCCUCACCAACACCUCUGCUAUCAGUGCUGCUGCUGGUAACACCAACUCACAACAGAAGGUUGUGAUCCAGACUAUCCCCACCAUGGUCCCAGCCACAGCAGAGAAUGGAGAUAAGAUCACGGUCCAGCUGGCCAAGAUCAUCACAAUCCCAGCCCACCAGUUAGCUCAGUGUCAGCUCCAGACCUCCACAGGCACAAACAAGCCCAGCCUCGGAGCUUCCCCUGGGGGCAUCAGCCUCCUCGGCAGCCCCUUGACCGUCCGGGCCCUGGCUCCGGUCAGCGUUGCCCCGGGAACGCAAGUGAUGAGACUCACCGUGCCGACGCAGGCACAGCAGCAGACUCUGGUGGUGUCGCAGCCGGGAAGCAUCGGCAGCGGGGCCGGGGUGGUAACGGUGUCGACAGCCAAUCAGACGGUGACUGCGCAGCCUCGCAUCAUCAGCGGUGUCAUCAAUGGCUCAGAGCUGGUGAUAGGAGCACCUGCAACUGGAGGGGUCGCCAUGGAGAAGCUGAAGGCCGCGGGGGUCCAGGUCCAGGCUGUGCAUGUGCCGGUGGCGGUCCAGCAGAACCAGGCGAACCCCAGAACUGUCCAGAAUGUCCAAACAGAGGCCGUGGACGCUGAGGUGGUAAUCAAACUGGAAACACCAGAUGUGACGAUAAAGACAGAAGAGCCUGAGUGUUAAAGUGUGCACAUUUACCAGUACCCAUCUUCCCCCUCUGCCAGAGAGGGUUAGUUUGUCUGAAGUCAUUUUUACUCUUAUAACAACCAGCAGUAGUCUGUGAGACUUUAAAGACUCCUGAAGGUCUGAUUUUAGUCCUCAACCUGUCUUCACACCUUCCCUGUUGCUGCCUACGACUUAAACUGUACUAAGUCGCUCUCCUUCACAACCACACUGAAACCUCUGAGUGUUGUGUUUGGAGCCCAAACUGCACCAUGCAACAUAGGAAUACACACAGACUUCAAAGGGACUUGUUGGGAAAGGUGAAGGGACCAACCUUGAUCACUACAAUUGAUGCCUUCUAAAUGGAUCGCUAUCACUGACUCAGAUUGGGAAGAACCUUGAAAAAAAAAAAAAAAGCUGAAACACUACAAAACAAGGCAAAUAAUUACAACCAACCAAAAUGUGAACUAUCACAUUUAAAAAACGAGUGUUGGGGGGUGUAAUGAAACUUUUGUAGAAAGCAUUUGUUUCUAAUUUUGCCUCUAUGGAUGUUAAAACCAGCAACUUAAUUUUUUUUUUUUUUUUUUUACUUAUAUCACUGUGCAGAUCAAGUAUGGGUGGUGCUACAUGAGAGAGAGAGGCAGAAGCUGACAGAAGCUUUGACAAGGGUCGAUAUCAGACAGAAAAUGGUUGUGUAUGUACAUAUUUAUAUAUAUCUCUACUAUACAGUUUAUGGAGCUAAAGUUAACAGAACAGCCUUAGAUUUUAAUUUUAAUUUUCUUUUUCAUAUAUUGUCUGAACAGUAAGCUAAAAUUUGUUUUUGUGUUUUGAUACCUUGUACCAAGCACAGUAUUAUUGAAACUAGGGAAUCUAAUAUUUGUCUUUAUCAUUAGCUCCUCUGUCUAACAGGCUGUUAAUGCUCAUACGGAGAAAUGGUAACAUGUUGUAGAUCAGUGACCAGAUUGCUUGCAGUGUGUCUUCCAGCAUCUAGGAAAAUCUCUAGGCUUCACAUGUAUUUGACAAAAGGAUCUUGGCGAUGUCUCAGUAUAUAUAUUUUUUUUGUUUGCUCUCCUCUUCACAACCUGACACAGUCCAGCUGCAUGGAAAUGCCAAGAACAGGACUCAGAGCCAUGCAUGCUGCCAUGACUCAGAAAGAAAAGAAUCCAAGAAGUAGUAGCAGUGUGUUUACACUCAAAUCACAAAUGAGAUGAAUCAGUUAUUUACAUUUUUUUAAAAGAGGCAUUGAAAAUCACAAGUUAUGCAAAAUGGUUGCGGAAAAUGAAUCACUGUGGAUCCCAGGUCAUUUUACUUCACCCUUAAAACAAUUUGUCAGAACAGUCUGUGCCAUUUUGGCUCUACAUUUCAUUAUUUUAUUUUUUAUCUAAAAAGAGGGACAAUAGAAAGAUGUUUGUGUUCAGACUGAACUGUUUAUAUUCAACAUUUGAAGUAUAUUCUAUUUUGUUGUACUCUUGUUUCAAAGUGUAUUAAAGUAGAUUUUACUGAAAUAUAAAGAGACAUUUGAGACGCGA